ACCUGCUCCGAUUAAACCCUAAUUUACUAAUCUACAAAGGAAAUGUUUACUUGCAAUUUCUGUGGCAAUUUGGCUAAAACAUUAAGACUUUAUUUACUUCAUUGUAAGCUACAUCGAAAUGAGCCGCGAUGUUUAUUUAAAUGCGCUGCUGCUGGUUGCAAAGACACGUUCUUGCGUUAUGAAGCGUUGAAGGCUCAUUUUUAUCGGAAACACAACACCUCUGGUCCUAGUAGCGUCGGAACGGUUGUUACCGACUUUAAAUGCUCGUUGGCAUUGUGUGACCACCAGUGUCAAACUACUAAGGCUCUAAUAGCUCACUUGAAGCAUCAUAUUGUGGAAGGGCGUGUUGUGAAUUGUCCUUUCAGAGGAUGCAAAAAAGUUUUUCAUGUGAAGUCCUCGUUUACUGCCCACAUUUCCCGGAAACACAGAGAUCUUGCAGAUAAUAUCCAUGACUCAUACAAAUGUUCUGGUUCUCAGUCAUUAUCUGUUCACAAUGAUCCAGAUAACAUCGAGUCGCAAGGAAAUGAGAUUAUUUUACAGACAGCUCCAAAUGAAAGUGAUAAUGAUAUUACUGAGGAUUUCAGUGAUCUUUUUUUUAGAAAUGUCUCUCUAUUUUACUUGAAAUUGCAAGGGCAGUUUCUAUUACCAGCUUCAACCAUCCAGAAUAUUGUUGAGGAGAUACAAAAUAUACACGAGUUGGGCCAGACAUACUGUUUGAGCAAACUUUGGUCACUGCUAAAAAAUGAGACACCAUUAUCAGAUGAAGACAUCACCAACAUUUGUGAGUCUGUCAAGGGAUCUGAUCUAUUCUCUAUAUGCCAUACUGGGCCGAUGAGGACAGCACACUCAAGAGUGCAAACCUUCAAAAAAAACUUCAACUAUGUUGAGCCUAAGAAAAUAUUUUUAGGAAGAGAUGAAAACAGAACAGAUAGGUUUGCCUACUAUGUUCCUCUGAGGAAGACUUUGAAAUGUUUGUUGGAGUCUGAUCUGUGGAAGAAAUCAAGGCAGCACACGUCUGAGUCUCCUUCAGACAUUUUAAGUGACAUUAAUGAUGGUCAGAUAUACAAAUUCAACAACUUUUUUGUGGAGAAUCCAUCAUGUCUCAAGCUAAUACUGUACCAAGAUGCAUUUGAAGUGGUUAAUCCUUUAGGCUCAGCAAAGACGAGACAUAAGAUAUUAGCCGUGUAUGUGUCUGUUGCCAACUUGCCACUUCAUGUACGGUCUGACACAGACCACAUGUCACUGGUUUUAUUGUGCAAGGAAAAAGAUUUCAAGGAAUUUGGGCAUUCUAAAGUUCUUUCUGAGUUACUAGAAGACCUGAGGCUGUUGGAGGAAAAUGGGAUUGUAAUGGUUGAUGAAACGGUAGUUAAAGGAACUGUAUUUUGCAUUGCUGGAGAUAAUCUAGGCUCACAUUGCAUUGGUGGGUUCUCUGAAAAUUUCAGUCGCACACAGCAUUUCUGCAGAUACUGCUUAAUAACCCGAUCAGAAUUUCAGGGUGAGGACCCAAAUGUGUGUGGACCACUCCGCACUAUUGACAGGUACAACUCUGCUCUUGAUGAACUCCAGACAGCUGAGGAACCGGACGUAGAAGGUGUAAAGUUCAGAUAUGGAUGAUGACUCCCGAAGCCUCACACGCAGGGUUAUUUAUGAGGGGUUGGCAGAUCUCCCAGUCUCAACUCUACAGACUUUGGAGGACACACUAGAAUCUUUGGGGGUGGAGACCAAUGAAGAUUUUCAGUAUAUUAAUGAAAAUGAUCUGAGAUCUGUACUAACACCAAUUCAAGCAAGGAAGUUACUGAAAGCUUCGAAACAAACCACACAGACCAGUGGAAUUUCCAGUGAGCCAUCUCUGUCGUUGUCAUCUCCUUCUACAACCAGCACAUCGUCUGCCUCUUCAUUUUCUAUACAUUCCACGCCAGUAGAUUGGGUUGACACUUUUCAAAUUCCUUGGAACAGGUUUCCAGAGAACUUGAUUGAGUGUUUUGAGAAUGAGGCAAGGCCGAAACCCCACCUUCGAAGAGAAAUGAUUCGGAUUGUUGUUGCUUCAAUGAUGGAGGUGUGUGCUUCUCCUCGCAAGCAAGAAACCACAGAAGUGGCGAAAAAAUUGAUAGCAAAAUAUCCACUUUCACUCCAAGAUAUUAUUGAAGGUGAUAUAGUGGGCCCAGGGUAUUAUUCACUCGUCAAGCAACUACAAAAUCGUAUAGAAAAUUUGAGACGGGUUUCAAAACCAAAAAUAAGGAAGCGUAAAAACAUGUUAGAUGAAGAUGGCACAGUCCCACCAGAGCAAAAUGCAGCUGUUCAGGACAUUUACGGUUGUAUAAAGUGGGACAUGGAAGUCAUGCCAAUCCAGGAGACAGCAGAGACACAGAAAGAGAAAAAAGUCAAAUUGAAAAUGCUAAGUGAAGAAAAUAACUUAAAUUCGGACGAGAUAAGAGAUCUUAUGCAGAGAACCUACUACACUCAAAGGAAAGAAAUAAACCAGGGAAAAGACCUACAAAUUAUGGUGAAGGAGUGGCCCUUCCUGUUUCAGGAAAUUGGUAUGACGAUCCACUUCCAGGAGCUUACUGGAGUAAAUCUACUAGAGACUUUCCAUAAAAAUCUCGAAAAAAAGGGUAAAAGACUUCUGGACUACUUAAGGACUGUCUCGGCCCACAAAAUUAAACGAGUUCUUCAAACUGUCCGAAACCUGGAUAUUCUGAGAGGACAGGUCCAGGGCUGCUCUAAAGAGUUGAAAGAUCUUGUCCUCCUCCUUCUGUCUCAUUUCAAUGACAAAGAGGAAACCCUCUUCCACUAUGUAGAUGAGACAUGCCUAGCAGGAGAAGUAAAAGUGGACAACUUGCCUGUCACACCAUGCUUGAUUGUAUGUGGAACCUCCUGUUAUACUUCCAAGAAUUUUAUGCUUGGCAUUGACGGCAAUGUUGUGAAUGACCAAAUACCAACCUUCACAUCCGCUAUAUGUCUAAUGUUAGCAAGUUACUUUUGCUUCAACAUUCAUUAUCCGACUCAUCUGGCCUCCACACUUGAUUUCAUUCAGAGGUGCUUCCUAAACAUCAAUCCAGACCGGGGGACAAAAGUUGAAACCAAGAAGAAUAAGAAGAACGUGUCAGUGAACCCAAGGGUCCUUACCCUAAUCUCUGAAAUCGCAGAUCAUGAAUGGAGAGGGACAUAUUAAAAUGGACAUAAUAGUCCAGCAGAAAUGUAAAUUCUGAUUUCUUACACACCACUUAUAGAGCAGAAUACAAAUUUCACUGCAAGAAUAUGGUUUGCAAUCUGGAUGGAUAGAAUUUACAUUUAGUUUUCAUAUUUCUUAGUUUUAGGAUCUAUUGAAUUUAUUUUAACAGGCUUGCUGUAUGUUUUGCGGUAAUUAUAAAUGCCUGAAUAUGUAGACAAGUUCAAGACAACAGCUACUUUUGUUUCCAUCAUUGUGAGAGGCUGUUCCUUUAGUUCAGUAAAAUGAGAGAAGAGUGACUUGUAUUAUUUAUUUUAAAAUUGUAGAUUCAUUUAAUUUAGAUGCUCCAUUAAUAUCUCAGCCAGGACUGCAACUAAUGAUUCUUUUGGCUAUCAAUAAAUAUGACAAUCAUUGAAACCCAUA